AUGAAUAUUUUCAUUAUAUACACCGCAUCAUGCCGUACGGUAUUAAGAACUGAGGAUAUUAAUGCCAUAGAUCAAGUAGAUAGUGAUAAAGUUAAAGGUAUGAACGGAGCAUUAUCAAAUAAUGAUGAUAAUGUUGAAGCCAUAGACCAACCAGAUAAUGAUAAAGCUGAUGCCAUGGACAGAGCAAUAAUAUUAAAUAAUAAUGACAUUGGUGUUAUGGACAAAACAAUAGCAGAAGAACAGUUCUCAAAGGCAUUUUGUGAUACAAUAGAUGUAGAGGACAAUAGACGUGUGGAUGCACAAACAUACUUCUCAGUAGCCAGAAAAGUACUCGAAAUUCUACUCGAAGACGGCAACCAUUAUAUUGAGAAAAUCAUCGAAGACAUUUUCAAAACUCCAUUGCAUUCCACUCAAACAGGCAAUGAUGCAAAGCUCCAGGAAAGAGUAAAAAACAAGCUACUAGAUAUGAUCAAACAAAUAAUCAUUAACCUGCAAAUAAUGCUCUUUGAUAAUCCGGAAGGACUUAGAAUCAUCUUGAACACAAAUACGAAUAACGAAGAAGACAUGAUUACACAAAAACUCCCAAAAGAGCUUGGAAAGGAACUCCUUGCCAUGGACAGCAUUCCUGGAUUUCUAAUCGGCCACGAAAUCGGCAAUUACCAAAAUAUCAUUGAAAUAUCAAAUGAAAUCAACCAAAAAAACGAAGCUUUCAAACUCAAGAUCACUGUUCCAAUAUACAAAGGCUGGAAAAGCGCAGGAGAUCCCACCUGUUGCAUAUCAACCUACAUACUCUAUGCAGUAUUCUGCGUAGGUUUGAAGGCAGAGCCUUACUCCAGAACCCAAAGCACAAGCGUUUAA